AUGGUGAUCUAUGGCAUUGCACAUCCUGGAGAAUUAUUAGUCAUCAUGGGACCGAGUGGAGCUGGAAAAAGUACUUUAUUGAAUGCACUAACAUUUCAAUCAGGUUCCAACACAUCCCUAACGGGUUUUCGUUAUUUAAACGGUCGUGUCAUUCGUUCUCGAAACGAUAUAUCGAACGUGUCAGCAUACGUCGAACAGACCACGUUGUUUUUGGGUAAUUUAACCGUUAGAGAACAUUUAAUUUUUCACGCAAUGAUUCGAAUGGAUAAAACCGUUACGUACGAACAAAAAAUUCAAAGAGUCGAUGAUGUUAUUGCUGAGUUAGGUUUGGAAAAAUGUAAAAACACUGUGAUUGGUUGUUUGGGUAAAACAAGCGGAAUUUCCGGUGGUGAAAUGAGAAGAUUAUCGUUUGCUUCAGAAAUUUUAACAAAUCCUCUUUUAUUGUUUUGCGACGAGCCAACUUCCGGUUUGGAUUCAUUUAUCGCUUUGAAUGUAAUAAACGUUCUUAAAUCCAUGGCGUUGAAAGGGAAAACGAUCAUUUCGACAAUACAUCAACCGAGUUCGGAAAUGUUUGCUAUGUUUGAUAAAAUACUCCUUCUCGCCGAAGGUAGAACGUCUUUUUUGGGGAGUCCCAAAGAUGCUUUACAAUUUUUCACAGAGUUAGGUGCUUCACCUCUUCUCUAUCACAACACUUGCGAUAUUUUUAUCGGGCUAUUAAGCGUCGUUCCCAGGAGUGAAAAAAGUUCGUUGGAAACAAUUAAUUACGUUUGCGAUUGUUUUAACGAAUCACGUUACGGUAUGGAAACUUUAAAGAAAAUAUAUUCAAAAGGAAAAAAGAACAGUAGUAGCAGUAGAGAUUUUGAAUUAUGUUAUAACGAUUUAAAUAAUGUUAUAUGCAAGGAUAAUUUCCAAGGAGGAUACAAAGCAACAUGGUGGACUCAAUUCAAAGCAUUAUUUUGGAGAUCUUGGUUAAAUUUAAUUAAAGAACCGAUUUUGGUUAAAGUUCGAUUAUUUCAAACAAUAGUCCUUUCUAUAAUCGUUGGAAUAAUAUAUCACAAUCAAAAAAUUGAUCAAAAUGGAGUCAUGAAUAUUAACGGUGUUUUAUUUACAUUUUUAACAAAUAUGACAUUUCAAAAUUUAUUUGCCGUUAUUAACGUUUUUUGUAACGAAUUACCCAUUUUCACAAAAGAACACGGUAAUAAAAUGUAUAGGAUCGAUACGUAUUUUUUAUCGAAAACAAUGGCGGAAAUACCAAUUUUUUUAUUUAUUCCUUUUAUUUUUACAUCUAUUGUUUAUUUUUGGAUCGGUUUAAAUCCGGGAUUAAUUAAUUAUUUAAAUACCGUAAUUAUUUUAAUUCUCGUGACAAAUGUAGCUACGAGUUUCGGAUAUUUAGUUUCUUGCGUUAGUAAAAAUGCAUUAAUGGCUUUAUCCAUAGGCCCCCCAAUAAUUAUACCGUUUCUUUUAUUCGGUGGAUAUUUAUUAAAUGCAAGAGCCAUUCCAUCAUAUUUUAAAUGGUUUUCUUAUUUCUCUUGGUUUAAAUAUGGAAACGAAGCAUUACUCAUCAAUCAGUGGUCGAAUAUUGAUAAAAUCGAAUGUACUAAUUUAAAUUCCACUUGUCCGAAAAAUGGUGAUAUCGUAUUGCAAAUGUAUAAUUUUGAAAAGAAAAAUUUUUAUUUUGAUUUGGCCUCGCUGAGUGUUUUAAUAUUAAUUUUUCGUCUGAUUGCGUAUUUGGUAUUAGUUGUGAGAAUGAAAAUAUGUUGUAAAAGUUUUUGA